AUGGACGCCAAAACUCAGAAAUACGACAGACAGCUCAGACUUUGGGGCAGCGGUGGCCAACAGGCGCUCGAGUCUGCCCACAUCCUUCUUAUCAACGCCUCCGCCGUUGGUUGUGAAAUCCUUAAGAACUUGGUUCUCCCAGGUAUUGGACAGUUCACGAUUAUCGACCAAGGAACAGUCACUCAGAGCGACAUCGGUUCCAAUUUCUUCUUGGACGCAGAUAGCCUCGGAAAGUCCAGGGCAGAGCGUGCGGCUGAGCUUCUUGGAGAGCUGAACGAGGAUGUCAGCGGUCAUUGGGUCGCCAAAGAUAUCCUCUCUGCCUUGACCGAGAACCCUUCGUUCCUUGCUCAGUUCUCCAUGGUCGUUGCUUCCGAUAUUUCGCGUCAGGUCGCCGAGAAGGUCUCGUCUCUUUGCUGGACCAACCAGCACGCGAUACCAUUCGUCUGGGUCAAGACCGUAGGUCUCCUCGGCACUGCCCGUCUCAUUCUCCCCGAGCACGCCAUUGUGGAGACGCAUCCCGACAAUGUUGCUGAUAUUCGCAUUGACAACCCCUUCCCCGAGUUGUCCAACUACGCCAAAUCCUUUGACUUCAACACCCAGGACACUCUCGAGUUUGGUCACAUCCCAUACGUCGCUAUUCUGUUGAAGUACAUGGAGGAGUGGAAGCAGGAGCAUGAUGGCAAGAUCCCUGGAACAUAUGCGGAAAAAAACCAGCUCAAGGCCAACAUCAGGUCAGGGAUGCGGUCAGGAGAUGACGAGAACUUUGACGAGGCUAUCAACUCUGUGCUGCGCUCUUGCCAGCCCACCGCUGUUCCCAGCGCCAUAAAGACCAUCUUCAGCGACCCCAAGUGCGAGACCUUGAACCCCGAGUCCUCGGACUUCUGGAUUCUGGCCCGCGCUGUGAGAGAUUUUGUGAAUGAUCAUGGAAAGAGCGGAGGACUCCUUCCUCUUUCCGGCACUAUUCCAGACAUGAAAGCUCAGACCGACAGCUAUGUUACUCUUCAAAGCAUUUACAAGACAAAGGCAAAGCAGGAUGUGCAGGAGGUGUCGAAGCUUGUCGACGCUGUUCUGGAGUCGCUGGGACGUGCUCCUGGGUCGAUUGCCUCUGAGAAGAUCGAAACCUUUUGCAAAUACUCUGCCUUCUUAAAGGUCAUCCGCUACCGUAGCCUCGAAGACGAGUACACCCAGCCCAAGACAAAACAGAUUGCGUCGUGGUUGUCAGAAGAGGACUCAUUAUUUGCACAGUAUGUUCUACUGAGGGCGUCAGACUCGUUCUUUGAUGACCAUGGACGCUACCCUGGCGAGGGCAAUGACUGGGAGGAGGAUGUUGACCACCUCCAUGCCAAUGUUGCCACCUUGUUGCAGUCUUGGGGUAUCGACACCGACGUCAUCUCCAAGGACCAGACACACGAGAUUCAGGAGGUGAUCAAGCUGAUUACACACCAGUAUAUCCCUAUGGACAACACGUUUAUCUUUGACGGCGCCCGCUCAGUCUCUGCUGUCUUUGCCGUCUAA